GUGGGCCGCCGGCGGCGCGACUCGGCUCUAGGCGCUCGCGGCCGCUGGCUCCCGGGACCGCGGUCCCUGCCCCUCGCCGGCGCCGCAGCCAGGUACUCUGCUGUCAGAUACGCCCUUGCCAGGUGGCCCUGGACGCGCCAGGCUGGGGGCGCCUCUGAGCGCCCCGCGGGGGCCAUGGAUGACGAGACAGCAGAGGAGCAGGGGGGCCCCGCGCCACCGCAGGGUGCACCCUGCGGACCCGGCUCAACUGGCGCUCCUGCCCUCGGGGGGCGGAGGGAGCCCAAGAAGUACGCAGUGACCGAUGACUACCAGUUGUCCAAGCAGGUGCUGGGCCUGGGUGUGAACGGCAAGGUGCUGGAGUGCUUCCACAGGCGUACUGGGCAGAAGUGUGCCCUGAAGCUCCUGUAUGACAGCCCCAAGGCCCGGCAGGAGGUGGACCACCACUGGCAGGCCUCAGGAGGCCCCCACAUCGUGCGCAUCCUGGACGUGUAUGAGAACAUGCAUCACAGCAAGCGCUGUCUGCUCAUCAUCAUGGAAUGCAUGGAAGGUGGUGAGCUAUUCAGCCGGAUUCAGGAGCGUGGCGACCAGGCUUUCACUGAGAGAGAAGCUGCAGGAAUCAUGCGGGAUAUUGGCACUGCCAUCCAGUUCCUGCACAGCCGGAACAUUGCCCACCGAGACGUCAAGCCUGAAAAUCUGCUCUACACGUCCAAGGAGAAAGAUGCAGUACUCAAGCUCACUGACUUUGGCUUUGCCAAGGAGACCACCCAAAAUGCCCUGCAGACACCCUGCUACACUCCCUAUUAUGUGGCUCCUGAAGUCUUGGGUCCAGAGAAGUAUGACAAGUCGUGUGACAUGUGGUCCCUGGGCGUCAUCAUGUACAUCCUCCUGUGUGGCUUCCCACCCUUCUACUCCAACACGGGUCAGGCCAUCUCCCCAGGGAUGAAGAGGAGGAUCCGCCUGGGACAGUAUGGCUUCCCCAAUCCUGAGUGGUCGGAGGUUUCUGAGGAUGCCAAGCAGCUGAUCCGCCUCCUGCUGAAGACAGACCCCACAGAGAGGCUGACCAUCACACAGUUCAUGAACCAUCCCUGGAUCAAUCAAUCGAUGGUGGUGCCACAGACCCCACUCCACACGGCCCGAGUGCUUCAGGAGGAUAGAGACCACUGGGAUGAGGUCAAGGAGGAGAUGACCAGUGCCCUGGCAACCAUGCGUGUGGACUAUGACCAGGUGCAGAUCAAGGACCUGAAGACCUCUAACAAUCGACUGCUCAACAAGCGGAGAAAGAAGCAGGCAGGCAGCUCCUCAGCCUCACAGGGCUGCAACAACCAGUAGCUCAUGGGGCUUUGGAUGAGCUGGGCCUCUUGGUGUGGCGUAUAGAUCCGAGUAUGCUGUGGCCCUGACCCAGAGGGCCUGAGGUCAUUAUUUGUAACAAAAGGAUCGUUUUUUGUUGUGUUUUAAUUUGUCACUUGGAACAUCAGGAUGGGAGACCUUGACUCCAAACCUCAUUAGAAAGGGCCCAGAGCCUGGGAGUUAGGGAGCCACCUGCCUCAGCUGCAGAGACUUUGGCCAGAGUGGCCCCAGUGAGACAUAGGUCUGUUCUGCGCUGGGACAUGGCCUUAGACUUCUAGGCCACUAGGGGUUGUGGCAGACUUCCCUCCUCCCAUGGAGAUACCCCCUCUGUAGGGUAGGCAGAUGGGCCUGGCCUUGGGAAAGGCAUCUGGCCAUUGGUUGCUAUGGUGACCAGGGACCGAGUUGCUGUCUCUGAAUGCUGAGUAAGAGAGUAAGGGAGGGAGAAGGGCCAAUGGAGGGUCCACCUCUGUCUCCUUGGAGAGGUUUGUCUCCCUCACACUACUUGCCCCUCUCAGGAUUCCUCCCUUUGGUCUCCUCGAGGCACCAGGGUCAGUCUGCCUGCCUCGCUGGGGGGUCCAGCCCUAUCUUGCUGCAACCCCAUCCCACAGGCCCCUUGGAGCUCUCUCUCUGCAGAGUCCCUGGGCCUAGUGAUCCUGUUACUACCCCUUACCCAAAGAGUGGCUUCUCAUCUCAGGGGAGGGUGGGAGGUAUUUUUAACCCUUUUCUACUUUGGAAACUGUCACUGUGACAAAAGCCAGCACAGUUCUCCUGCCCCCACCCACUCACCGGAUCCCAGGCAGGAAAGCUUCUCUCUGUAACAGUUCAUCCUCCACCUUGUCCUGGUUGAUGGCAGGGACUGUCUCUUGGUGUACUUUUUUGAGGGUGGAUGGCUGAGGACAGGACCAAGAGGCUUCCCGUUAAUCAGGGGUCUCUUUCUACACUCCAGGUCAGACCUGAGGCAGUAGAGGGUUGCUGAGCGAUGCUUAGAAGGUCUGGUUCUGGGUCCUGGCUUCAGCCUGAGUGGGACAAGAGAGGACCUUCCUUGCUGGUCCAGGUUUACCCAGGCCCACACUGCCCAGAGUAGCCUCAGGGUUCUCAGUGCCAGAUAUGGACCUGACAAGUGCCUGAUACACAUCCUGGUUCCUGACCCCUCUCUCUGGCUGGGAAGCCCUAGACCACAUCAGAUAGGAAAACACCACUGGGGUUUACAUCU